AUGGACGCCGCCGGACAUGCGCUCUACCACGCUGCGCAAUUAUACGCGCGAGCCACCGACACAGCCACUGGGACUGCCAGCGAAACCGCCUCGACGACGUCCAGCACGCCAUCAUCGGCCUCGACGUCCAAAGCCGCCGCCGGUCGCCCGCCUACGUACAAGAUGGUUGGCAUCAUCCUCGCCGUGUGUUCUGGACUCUUUAUUGGUGUGUCCUUCGUCAUCAAGAAGAUCGGACUGUUGCAAGCCAAUGUCGAAUACAAUCAAGAGGCGGGUGAAGGAUAUGGAUACCUCAAGAACGUCUGGUGGUGGUCGGGCAUGACCCUGAUGAUUAUUGGCGAGAUCUGCAACUUUGUCGCAUACGCUUUUACCGACGCCAUCCUGGUUACACCCCUCGGCGCACUGGCUGUGGUAACGACUGCCAUCUUGUCGUGGGUCUUCCUGAAAGAGAGACUAAGCUUCGUCGGCUGGGUCGCAUGCUUUCUCUGCAUCGUGGGCAGCGUCAUCAUCACACUCAAUGCUCCGGAGCAGAGUGCUGUCAGCGACAUCCAAGCCAUGCAGCACUAUGUCAUUGCGCCUGGCUUCUUGAGUUAUGCCGGAGUCAUCAUAUUGGGGUCCGCCUUGGUGGCCUGGUGGGUCGCGCCCCGGUAUGGAAAGAAGAGCAUGAUGGUCUACUUGAGCAUCUGCUCCAUGGUCGGAGGUCUGAGUGUGGUCGCAACACAGGGCUUGGGCUCCGCGAUCAUAGCGGCCAUCAACGGGAAGCCGCAGUUCAAUCAGUGGUUCCUGUACGUCUUGUUCGUGUUCGUCAUUGGAACGCUGUUGACGGAGAUCAUCUACUUGAAUAAAGCUCUCAACAUCUUCAACGCCGCGCUGGUCACGCCGACAUACUACGUCUUCUUCACAUCAUCCACCAUCAUCGCAUCCGCCGUCCUUUUCCAAGGCUUUCAUGGCACAACUACCCAGAUCAUCGACGUGGUCAUGGGUUUCUUGACCAUCUGCUCCGGUGUCGUUCUACUACAGCUCGCCAAGUCUGCAAAGGACGUGCCAGAUACGAAAGUGCUCACUGGAGAGAUGGAUCAGAUCAGGACUGUUGCUGAACAGGAAGAGCACGAAUAUGAGCCUCGGGCAGAUACUAUGCGUGGUGCGGCAGGUCUUAUACGUGCAAUCAGCACAUCUCGCGGGAAGAAAGAGGCGGAAGAAGCGAAACGCAUACACGAAGAACGAAUGGAGCCGAUUGGUGAGAACGAGAUUGUGGAAUGGGAUGGUCUGCGAAGGAGAAAGACAGUGUCAACCCAGCACAGUGGGUCGAUACACCGACCAAGAACCGCGCACCCUCCUUUGGGCAUGUCGAGUUUUCCAGACGAAGACAACAUUAGUGAGCCGGACAGCGAAGUACAUCCAGGGUUCUUUGGUCGAAUUGGACGAAGCAUGCGUUCUCGUCCUUCAACACGCAGACAACGGGGCCAUAGCCCGGUCCCGAUGGAUAGUGUCACGGCCGACAAGCUGGAUGAAGAACAGUCGGAACAACACGUGUACCAUCUCCCACCUGGUCUGCAGAAAGCGCACGACACAGAUCACGACAAUACAGCAUACAAGUCACCUCUCCCGCCUGGAUCGAGCGGAUCUCACAUACAAUGGGCUGGCCAGACUCCGGAUCGAGAGAGGGCCGAUUCGCAAACCAGUAGCCGUGUACCACCGAGAGUUCCAGCACACAGCCGUGGCGGAAGCGGCGGAACAGCACGAAGACAAUUUUCCUUCCAGAACGUCAUGCCUUGGCGGAAUAAGUCUGGUGCUGGCAACGACGACGACCAUCGACCCAUUAGCAGGGGUGCCUUGUCCUUCGUCAGUCGCUCUAGCAGUCAGAACUAUCCCACCGGCAACACCACCACCGAAGAAGAGCGGUUAGGUCUUGUCCACGGCGACUCCUCGAAGAAACUGCCCAAAUUCGACGAAGAAGAUGAACGCGCCGCAGAAGAUCGCAGAAGUUCCGACGAGUGGCAGGCCGCUUCUGGAUCUGCUGGGUCCAGUCCACAGCAGAUUGAUACGAGUGGGGAUCUUGGACCCAGACGGACGAGGGAUACCUUCAGUGAUGAUGAUCUCUACACUCGGCCGCUGAGAGAUCCGCGCGAUGAAUCGCCGUCCGGUGGAGGUCGAGGUGGGAGGGCGUUUGUCUAG